AUGGCUGUUUCGUGGGAGAAAUCGACACAUGGGUCUCUCACGCUAUGGGAUAUCGAUCGCGAAUUCCAGGAUGCGCAUGAAGCGUACGAGCAGUGGCAGGCGCGGCAUCGUCGCACGCGUUCCAAAUGGUUGUGUCUCGGCACGAAGAACCGCGACGAUGCUGUUGGCAAAGCUCUGCGCCUAGGGGGACAGAUUCAAAGGAUCAUGGAGCAAGGAAAAGCAAGAUUUGGGACACGAUUCGAGGAAGGCGACACAAAAUGCAACACCAUCCUCUCAGCACAACUCCUACGAAUCCAAUACGAAAUCAGACAACCACUUUACGACAGCGUUUUCUCUUCGACACCAACGAUACCCAUUGACAACAUAAUUACGACCGCCAAAAGCGUCCGUCGCGCCUGCCUUACCGCUCUACGCGAACAAUACGCACGUCUCGAAUCGCCAAUACUAUCACCCAUACUGCCUCCUCCACGUUUCAAAGUAGAGUUCUGCCCAUUCGCAGACAACCUGCGGAAAGAUCUCAAAGAGUCCAAAUCGAGCACACUACGCGCCAAGAAAGCUUUCCCACACGAUAAACACGACGACAGGGAGAUAUGCCCACACUGCGAUGCAUGUAUAUCCGUUGCUGCUCACUCCGGACUGCCUGCAUCCAGAUGUAUACUCUUCACCUCGCACAUUGCGCUCGACACAAUGGCAACGAACGACAAAGCGACCUUUGCAUGCAACAGCUGCUACAAGACUUUCGAUGAUUCCUACGCCUUCCUUGAUCAUUACUUCCAGAAGCAAAUCGGGAGUGAGAGGAGCUGUUUACGGCUGUCUGUACAAAGGAGCUCGAGCUGGUUCUUGAACGAGCAGUUCCUUGACAGCGACCCUUCGAUUGUAGAACAGUGCCUCAAGAAUUGCAUGGCGAGAGAGACUAUGCGAGGUAGAGGCCACAAAAAGAUGAAGAGUCAGAUCACUAUACGACAAGUACAUUCGAGCGGGAACGAUUGA